GCAUUUCCGCUAAACUCGAACGGAUAGCCUCAGCCUUUCAGGGUUUCGUUCGCCGAAAGUAGCGCAGAGAGAAAUCUACAAUCAUCAGCUUCCACACGACGUUUAAGCCGCCGCAUUCCAUCCAGUUUGCUGCAAGAUACACUCGCCGAUUUAAAUUUGGUGACAUUCACCAACAAAAGACGACCAGAAAGGGAAAAACUGCGGGGUUUUUUUGUCCACACAACACAACACCGGAAUCGCUACUUUGCGGCUCCACCUAGCUUAACGGCGGCUAGCAUCAGCGACACGGACCGUGGCCCCGAGUCGGCGGAUCAACCGGACGAACGGGCGGAAAUAAGGUGUUGGUACUUCACAGAUUUGACUGUUGCACAGACACAGUUAACGCGCCAUGGCUUGCGGGGCCACCCUGAAGAGGAGCAUGGACUUCGAUCCCCUCAUGAGCCCGGCGUCGCCGAAGCGGAGGAGAUGCGCCGCGGUCAUGUCUCCGGUGUCCUCGCCGCAGAAGUACCUUCGCAUGGAGCCGUCGCCCUUCGGCCAAGUGUCGUCCAGACUCACCACUGAGCAAAUCCUGCACAACAUCAAACAGGAGUACAAGCGGCUGCAGAAGCGACGGCACCUGGACAACGGGUUCCAGCAGGCGGACGGCUGCUGUCCUCUGGAGCUGCACAACGCUCACGCUGGAUCUGCCCUCCCUGGUACGUCCUCGGGUGCCUCAUCUCCCACCAGGAAAGAGCAGCCGUUGUUUUCCCUCAGACAGGUUGGAAUGAUCUGUGAAAGACUACUGAAAGAGCGAGAGGACAAGAUUCGUGAGGAGUACAAUGAAAUACUGACGACGAAGCUUGCAGAACAAUACGAUGCGUUUGUCAAAUUCACACACGACCAGCUGAUGCGAAGGUUCGGAGAACAGCCGGCGAGCUAUGUUUCAUGAGUGUCGUCGUCGGAUAUAUCGGGGAAUACAAUUUUUUGCUGCAAGCUGCUCCAGGGACCCAGUGGGUCUAGUUGGACUUUUCUCCUAGCUGUGCCAUAUCGCCUCUGUGGACCUACUGCCUCAGGCAUCAGCUGGUGGCAUCCACGUCCGCUGUGUCUACCAGAGUUAGGAGGAGGGCUUCCUGCUGCCAACGUGUCCAAGGACCUUCUGUCACUCUUACCAGUGGCCUCUUAACUGCCGUGUCAAUAUUUUUUUGGCUGUAUUCCGAAUGCCUUCAUAAAAGGCUGACUGCCACUACACACUUGCCUUUUGAUUAUAUUUUUUAUUUUUCUGUCGGAUUAGGUUAUUUCACAAAGAUGUUAGUUGUGCAGCUUCUCUAUAUUUUACAUUUUGAAAGAAGGGAUUGGACAUUGAAGGUUUGGUCAAACAAGGCCACCUUCAAACAGGACUUGAGAAGAGGUUUUUGUUUUAUUUUUAUUGUUUUGACCUGCAUUGGUGAUUACUGCUAUUACAUUUGUAUACACUGUACUUUAAAAAAAAAUCUUUGCUUGAUUUGUUCAUUGUACCACAAAAUGUUCAUGAUUUUAUUUGCUGUAGGUAUAAAGGGGUUUUGAUUCAAGAAAAGUGAACGAAUAAAGUGUUUACAAAAGUG